GGCUGUCAUCGAGUUUUAUUUUAUUAUUUUAGAAAAUAAGGAUAGAAGCAUUGAGUUUAAUUGAGGAUGAAGCUAUUUUCGUGAAUAAUGUACAUGUUUUAUAGAUUUCCAAUAGAUUUAAGUGUGACAAUCUCGUACCGGUAGUUGCUAUAAUUCAGAGAUGUUUAGUAAAUGAGCAUAAUAAUUGUCGACGAUGGCGUCUGAUGGAGAAAUUUCAUGUACGACUGAUCCCAAUUUUGCUGUUAUUUACUCGUUUUUGAAAGUUUUCGGUAAACUGUACGGUUUGGAGAUACCUACGAUAGCCAAAUUGCAAGAACUAAUAGAGAAUACACAAGAAGUGUUGGAUCCGUUAAAGGAGUUGCAUGUAAGGUUGUUACGAAGAGCACUCAAGUCUAUUCAAGUUAACCGUUGGGAAAGGGCUCUCAUAAAGUUUUGUCAUCAACAAAGAUAUCAUCAGGAAGCCUGGGAAAUUGAGAGAUUUUCUUACAAGAAAGCUAGCACUCAGGUUAAAUUGAGAAUUUUAAAGUUACUCCUCGAAUACCAGUUUACAUGUCAUCCAAAGUUUAAAAAUGCUGUCAAUGCAUUAUCAAGUAAUGAGCUGAGAUUAGAUCCUAUUGGCAGGGAUAAAUAUGGUUGUGUUUACUGGCUGCAGAUAGACCAUGAAGCCAACCUGUGCAUGUACAAAGAAGAUCAAGAUGAGGAGACAUGGCAAUUAAUUGCUAGCAAUAGAGAAGAGUUUGUCAAAAUUAUAAGUCAAUUGAAAAGUGGGGAGCAGGUGUGUCAGCCAGUAGCAAAUGAAGAUUCUAGCAGUGUUGAUGUUCCCACUCAUAAUGAGAUCAGUAAAACAGAAGUUGAGGAAAAUGAAGAAGAGUUCUUAAGCCCUGAAUCUGAAUCUGGCAAUGAAAGUGAUGAGACCAAAGUGGAGAAAUGCAAAGAUGAUAUUACAAGUAAAGAAGAAGAACCAGAACCCCCUAAAGAUGAUGCCCCAAAAGAUAUUGUUAAGGAAACAGUUGAAGAAAGUAAUGUUACAACAAAUACUGUAGAUAAAGUUGAAGAUAAAAAAGACAAUAUGACAAUAAACAAUGAAACUGAUAGUAAAAAGGAGGAAGAAAAAUGUGAGUCAAAUAUUUCUGAAAAAGAAACAGAUAAAGAAGAAACUGAAGAACAAGAAGUUGGUGAACAAAUUGGUGAAGAAAUUGAGGAGCCUGUUAUGAUUAUAAAAGGGGAAGGUAAUGGAGAGGAUUGCGAAAGUUCCUACUUUAUUGGUGAAGAGAUAUCUGAACCAGUAAUGUUUAUUUAUGGUGACGGUUGGGGAUGGGACAAUGAUACCGGCAACCCUGAGGCGUUAGAACAUGAAGAAAACACUGAAUUGGAAGAAAAUUCAGAUGUAGACAAUCCAAGUGAGGAAGUUUUAAAUGGAGAGCAUGAAAAUAAUGUGCAGAAAUCUAAUAGUAGGGUAAAAUUAAAUAAAAGUGCUAAAUUAAAAUGUAGAUUAUCAUCAGUUACAAAGAGGUCUUUAAGAAAACAAUCAAACGAUAAUUCAGAUGUAUCAAAAUCUGAUUCUAAAAAACAUUGCGUACGAAAUUUGGAUAAAUCAAAUGGUUCAAACUCUAUAGCCACAAGUAGUCAAAGAGAAUUAAGGAGAGAUAGCAGUGUUCACGAAAAAAGUACAGAUUGUGAAAGCUCAGGUAAAAAUAAAACGAAAAAAAUCAUCAGGAAAGUUAAAAAAAGGGAAGGAAUGAGGACACUAAGGAAUAACAAAGGAAUUGUUAACUCAAUAUCUGAACCUGAAAAUACUAGGAAUAGUAAAUCUAGUAUUAUAGAAAAAAGAAAAAGUAGCGUAUCAUCAGAUCAUGAUGGAAAUGCAUCAGAGAAUGCAGAAAGUGAAAACGUUGAAGGGGAAGAAACUAAAGUUGAGGAUACUUUACCGCCCAAAAAGAUACGCUUAGAAUCAACACCAGAGUCAGAUAAUGUCUCACAUUCCAAAAGCGAAAACGUUGAAAAUAUCGAAAACAAUGACGGUAAUACAGAAAACGACAAACAUUCAAUAACAAAUAGAAAGAAAAUAAAAGCAAGUAAGGGUAAAUUAAAAGGUAAAAAGUUUCUUCAAAACAAAAUACAAAUUAGUGAGGUAAGUAAGGAUUGUGAUAAGAUAGAUGUUAGUGAUAAUAAGACAAGUAAAGCACUAAAGAGAAGUUUGCUGAAUAAAUCAAUGGACGACAAAACAAAAUCUGAAUCUCAAAGUGAUAGUGAAGAUGAAGAACCAGUCAAGAGUGGGAAAAGAUUAAAAUUUAAACCAAAAAAAAUUGUAACUAAAUCAAGAAAAAAAAUUGAAGCUAAAAUAAUGGAAAAAUGCUCCAGUGAAUCAGAAGAUGAAACUUUAUAUAGUUUAGGUAAAAAAUCAGCAAAGAAAGUAUUAAAGAAGAAACCUAAGGCGAAGGAAAAAGAGAAGACAACAGCAGCAAGUACAAAUGUGACAGAUAAUGACACUCCUGUGAGACAAUCUAGACGGAUUGCUCAGAUGAAGAUAAAAGAGGAAGCGGACAGAAGGCACCUCGAGGAGGUUACAUUGAGGGAGCUCAAGAUGAUACAUAAGAAGAAAAAUAAGGAAGAGGAGGAGGAGGAGUGGCAGGCGAGCGCCAGCAGCUCGGAGGGCGAAGCCCGGGCGCGGCGUUCGGCCGCCUGGCGCUCAGACUCCACCGGCCCCGAGCCAGACUCCGACUCUGACGAACCUCUGUUUGAACAUCACGAUGAACCUGAAUUGGAGGCUCCAAGAUCGGAUCACGAGUUCUCACCAGAGUCGGACUUGGAGAGCGGUGAGCCCACAGAGCCUCUCAAAUUAGCGCGUACCUUACAACAAGGCAAGGAUGAGGGAUUCUGCAAGCGUUGCGGCAGUGGUGAGCAGCCGGAGUGGAUCCUGCUGUGUGACCGCUGCGACGCCGGCUACCACGCCAGCUGUCUCACACCUGUACUACUGCUCGUACCUGAGGGUGACUGGUUCUGCCCCCCAUGCAACCACGAGAAAUUAAUAUCGGCGCUGGAAGAGGAGCUGGUGAAGUACGACCAGCUGGUGGUUGGUGUGGAGGAGGAGCGCGAGAGACGGCGCGCGGAGCACCCGCACUCCGACACUGAGCAGGAGCACGACAAGUUGGAACAUGACGACCACAAGUCUGAUGAUAAAUCUGAUGGCAGUGGCAGCGGUAGCGAGUGGUCAUCAUCGUCGUCAUCAGGUGCGGUGUACCGGCUGCGCGCGCGCCGCCAGCUGCCUGUCAGCUAUCGUGCGCAGGAGUACGACCGUCUCAUCAGCUCCGCCAUCAAGGAGGAAUACGUAGAGCCUACGACGAGCGCAGGCAACCAGGGCAGGGGAAAGGACAUCUCCACCAUUAUAGAGGCGGCAGAGGAGGAGAAGAUGAAAGCCGAGAGAGAAGCAAGGGAUCAGGGUGAAGCUGGGGAGGUAGGGGAGGGGAGCCAGAAGAAGCAGAAGAAGAAGCAGCGUCGCAAGCCACGCAAGCUGAACUCCCUCGACGUACCCUCCGAGGAUGACGACGAGACUGAUGAAGACUUCAAGGAUACUGGCAUGGAAUCAUCAUCUGAAGACAUAUCAUCAUCAGCUGAACGAGAUUCCAGAUCUUCUGACUCAUUGCCGAUCAUACGCCCGGGAAGAAAUGAUAAGAAAGAACGAACAAAGUUAGAAGAAUCGUCUCCUGAAGUGAAGAAAAAGAAGAAAGGCGUUUUCGAAGACAGCUCCAGUGAAUCUGCUGAUAUUAAGGAAUUGCCCAAAAAGCCGAAGUCCCGCAAGCGAGGUGAUGGUCGUCGGUCGAAGCUGACACAGUAUGAUGCGGCUGGCAAUGUGGUGCGCGCUAGAGUUACAUAUGGCGGCCUCAGUGACGGACCUGGACCUAAUGACUGGUCACCAAAACAUCGCACACGACAACGCAAGAUCAACUACACGGAGAUGCCAAACACAGAGUCUGAAGAUGAGAUGCACAAGUCAUCGGGCAAGCACAUGGCGGAUAGUUCUGACGAGUUCCGCGUCACAGACGAGUGGGAGAACUCCUCCUCUGGCUCUGAGCGCGCCAAGAGGCCGCGUGGAGAGGGAGGGGAGGAGGGCGAGGGUGGCGCGGAGGAGGAGGAGCGCCGGCGUGCCCUCUGCGACCUCGUCACCAAGACGGCAGUGGUGCCGCUGGAGAAGCUGCCCGAACAUGUCACACGCGAGAAGACGGAGCAGCUGCACCAACAUCUGCUGGAUGCUCAGCAAGCGGACCUCGCGGCGCGUACUAUGCGAGGUCGGGGAGGUCGGGGAGGUGGUCGAGGAAGCAGAGGACCACGCGGUGGGCGGGGGCGAGGUGGUGUGGGCGGGGCAGGGGGAGGGGGCGGAGCCAGCAAGUCCUCGCCCUCCAGCGAUGAUGCGCUUGCUAAACUGGUCGGCGUUAAAAUUAAAGAUUUAAGAGAAACUGGAGAAAUGCCAAUGAGACCGAAUCAAGUGGAAAGAGAUAGAAAACGACAGGAGCGCGAGGCGAAGCAAGCGGAAAAGGAGGCGCGCCGUUUGGAACGUUUACAGAAGAAAGAAGAGAAGGAAAAGAUAAAAGAGCAGCGGGCUAAAGAGCGAGAGGAGAAGAAACUCGCGCGUCUCGCCCUGCAGGAGAGCAGACGAGUGAAGAGGGAGAAGGUGGAGUACAUGCCGCCGGUGCCAGUGGGGGCGGGGCCGGGGGGCAUGCGGCCACCCCCACCCGGCUCUGCCCCGCCCCCGCCCCACGCCUCACACGACUACAGGGAGAGGUUCCCCGCCACACCUCGGCUGCAGGUGCGAGCGGAGCUGCGGGGCAUUGCUAUGGGCGACGACCGCAUGCAGCUGAUGCACCGCCCCGAGCAGGCGCCGCCCAGAGAAGGCACAUUGUCUGUGGCGGGGUCCCCGCAGCCGUUCAAGCCGGCGCCGGAGGAGCCCAGCCUCAUCACACGCAUGCCACACAUGCUCAACCACCAGUACAGGGGUCCAAUGAUGUAUUCGGGCGGUGCGGGCGGCUCGCCGGGCUACGGGCCGCGUUCUCAGAACAUGAUGUACCAGCUUCACCCCGGCAUGAACCGCGCUCAGUACCCGCAGGGAUACUACCAGCACCUGCGCGCCAUGCCGCCCGCCUACCCCGGCCAUCCCCCCUCGCCCGGCAUGCACCCCCCCGCGACACAGCAUCGCCAGGUCCCGCCGCCCCCACACGGCGCCCACGGCCCGCCCGGCUCCUCGCCUCAUCACGGUCCACCCGUCUCCUCGCCGCACCACGGUCCACCCGGCUCUUCGCCUCACCACGGCCCUCAUGGACCACCGGUUUCCUCUCCUCUGCAUUACGGCUCCGGUCCCGCCGGACCCCACCCCCAUCCGGGUUCCUCUGCAAUACCCCCGGGAGCUCCAGGAAACUUACACGGUUCGCCCGUAUCAUCCCAUGGGGCACCGGGAGCAUCGCUCGGUUCCCACGGGCCCGGUCCCGGUCCGAAUCAUGGACCGAUCCCACCGAAUAUGCAAGGUCCACGUCCUCACAUGCCUCAUGCCGGACCUCAUCCGAUGGGUCCCGGUCAUAUGGGUCCUCGUGGUCUUCAUGGACCGCACAAUUCGAGCAUAAACCCGCACGGCGCGGUCCCCGGUCCGCCAGGCCUCGGUGCUAACGGCUCUAUAGGUCCGAACCCUCACGGCCCUCUCGGAUCUAGACUUCACGGACCGCCGGGCAUGCUCGGUCCCCCGGGUCACGGACCGCCCGGAGCUAAUCCACUCGGUCCACGAGCUCCCGAAGACUCGAGCCCGCACAGACCGGGCCCGAGUCCUUUGAGCGCAAUGGCUCAUAGUCUACCACCCGGAUUAGCACCCCAAGGGCUGGAGGGUCACGGUCCAAUCGGGCCGACGGCGCUACCCGUUCACAGACCCCCCUUCGCCCCCGGCCCUCCCGGAAUUACCGCCGCCGGACUGCAACCAAACUCUAUCCCCGAUCAGGCCGCGGUGGCGACUCGACCCGGCAGCGCCCCCCGCCCCGCGAGCACCGCCUCCCCCGGCCAGUCGCCACACCCGCCCAGCCUCACUCCGGCGACCUCCUCCAGUCCUCCCGUGUCCGCCGAACCGCCCAUACAAAUCAAAGCCGAAGUCAAAACCGAACCCGAAUACAGAACCCCACCGGGUUCCCCCUCUCAUCGUCCCCCGUCGCCGGAGCCCUUGCGGAAUCAUCCGAAGAUCAAGCACACCGACAACAAGGACAGGCGACCGCGAUACCCCCUGGGGCCCUACGCGCCGCAGUACGGUCCCUACGGGCCGUACGCUCCGCCUGCCGCGCAGCCCCCGGACGCCGCGAUGAACCUGCAGGCGCGGCCGCAGCAUCCCUCGCCGCUGCAGCGCAUCCACGCCAACAUGGCGCAGUACCUGCCCGCGCUCGCAGACAAGCCGGAGCCCUUCCUGCAGCACAUGCGGCUGCCGCGACCUCCCUACCCCCCCGCGCCCCCGCUGCAUGCCCCGCACGCGCCGCCCGGACCACGCUACGCCGACCUGCAGCAGCGCCCCACCGCACCCACACCUCCCCCGCAAGCCCCGCAGCCCGCACCAGCACCCGCACCCGCACCCAUCUCACCAGAAAUACGUAAAGACGAAUCACCCAAAGUCGCCGAGGAGGAGGUGGAGGGUGAGGACAGUCAGCCGAGCUCGCCGCCCGACACCAAGCCGGACUUCUCGAGGAUAGAAACUGUAAAUAAGAUGGAACCUCUGAAGGCGCCGGAGCACAUCAAGGUAGAGGCGGAGGCUGAGGCGGGGGCGGGGGCGGGGGCCGGCGCGCGGGAGGAGGGCGGCGAGUUCGGAGGUCUCGUCAGCUACUUCUCCAGCCAGCACGAGGACGACCUGGACGCCUAGCGACACACAGACAGACAGACAGACACACACACACGCUCGCGGUGUACAUAUAGACAUAGAUAAUUAUAUUUUUAGGGUGAGUUAGACGCGACGCGUGUAGUUUGGACGCAAUGUAUAUUAUAUAAAUCUAGAUCGAAAAAGUUAAAAAAUGAGAGUCUUUUUGGUCUCGAAUGAAAUGAUGUAUUAUUAUUUUUAUUUUUUUGUUAAUUUCUAAGCGAGAUUUAUUUAUACAACAAACAAUAAGUACUUACUGUAUACUC